AUCGGACCCAAUUAUCUAUUAAACCUGUACGAAUUUACUUCUGUAGAGGAAUAUACAUCGUGCAUGAAAUAUUUUCUUACAAUUCCUAUUUCUAAACAAUGUUUUUAUGUUUCAAUCGUGUCUACAAAAAAUUUUCAACAAUUCGCUCCCGCACUUUCUGAUUUCUGUGUCGGCCAAAGUCUUCUAUUUUCUCACAAAUACGGGCAGAAAUAUUCUGUCAGUAGACACGUUUACGGCCUCGAAUCGGGUCAAUUACUGAAGUAAAAUAUGUAAAUUUAAAUAAACUUUCACGCCAUUGGACGUUUUCGAAUUGCCACGCGCGACAUCAUCGACUUUGAUGGACAUCCAGCUGUCGCGCAACCAAUGAAAUUACGACGAAUUGCACAUUUCUGUUAUAAAGAAGUGCCAAUUGCGUGUUGUCGGCGUACACGGGACCAAAACCUUCGGGAAACACCAGAACGAGUCGGAACUGCACAAAGAGAAGAUGAACAAGUUGCUAUUUACAUUCGUCGUUAUCGGAAUUAUUUUGUUAGAAAGUGGCGAAGGUCGAUACGCGAAGAUCGAAGGACGUGAUCGAUUCAAUUUAAAACGAAGAAAUUCCAGAGGGAGUGUUGCAGAUGUAGAUAAUAUAAAUGUUGAUAGAAAUGCUGCCGUACUUGGUACUCAGGGUAUUUCGCCAGAUAGCGUAACUGGUGAUGGUCCUGCUAGUGCAGUUAUUGGUAGUUUCGGUGGUCUUGGUAGUACUCUUGGUGGUGCUAGCGGUGGUGUUGGUGGUGUUGGCAGUGGUCUUGGUGGUGUCAUGGGAAGAGCCUUAAGAAAAGAAAAUAUUAGCAAAAGAUUGAAGGAAGCACUAAGUAGAUUUCAUAAAUAA